CGGAAUAUUUUCCAGGCUCAUCUAUUCCACUGUUUUACUCCUACUGCACCCUCUCUCUUUAUCUUAAAUUUCUCUCCCUAGCUUUCUUUUGCUUUUCAGUGGGAGAAGUGACGCCGAUCCUCAAAGGCCCAAUCCAUGUCUGUUUUCUUCUGAACAGAGGAUGCAGGACCAAACAGAAGGCCAUCUGAAGUAGUGGGUGGAAGCUGGAAAGGGGAGGGAAAAAACCCAACUUUAAUUGGAGCAUUUGGCGUUCGUGCAAAUCCGAGAUCUGGUCACUCUUUCUUCCUCCGAGGAAAGGAAACAAUAAUUAAAGUGCUGCAGCUAUUUAUGAGAGACAGGGAGAGGGACGGAGGAAGGGAGCCAAGGCCUACCAAAAGGGAGGAGAGAAGGGGGUCCAUCUCAUAGACCCAACUUAUAGGCCAACAAGAACUACAUGUCUGUGUGUGUGAGAGAGAGAGAGGGAGUAGAAGAAAGGUGAAGGGAAAAAUAAAGGCCAUGCGGCGGCUGGUAGGUUUGUCCCAAUGAAAGGACGAGGAUCCUGUAAACGGUCCUGCUCUACUUGCUCGUGAUAUAUUUUUCUUUAAUUUAUCUCUUUCGUUUCCUUCUAACUUCUAUCUUCUUAAGGAGUUGUUUAUGGACGGCACAAAAGUUUUGAUGGGGGGGAAGGGACGGUUUGUUUACUUUUAGCCUGCCUUUGGAAGCACUAACUCUUCUAGUAGUGCACCCUUGAGAAGGUCUUUGACUCAUCGUCUCCGCAAGCCCCUGGGUUCCGGGUCUUGAUACUAUCUUCUUCGGAGAUAGCACGGUCCAUCUGCUCUUCCAAAACCGGUAAAGGUUACCAGGGAGGGUUUAUUUUAAUUCCUGGAGCACAAGAUGGCGCACCGCCAACAAGAGAAGCCAGGGACUCAAAUCUCUCCAGCUUUCGGCUACGUCGAUUUCUCUUCCACUAGCAACUCCAAUAUCCAGAGCUUCGAGUCCAACCAGGAGCUGUACAGCCUUCAGGCCGGGAUGGAGAUGCUGGGGAGAGGCUUCAUCCCCAAGGCUGGAGGGUUAAUCUGCCCAUCAUCCAACGAGAAUCUUAUGGUCACGCCGGCUGAGACUGCGGCGACAACGACGACGAUGAAUUCAUGGCAGCAUCCGAAUCGGAUGCUGGUUGAAGAUUCCUCGCUGAGGUGCCUAUUCCCGAAUGGUUCGAACCAACAACCGAUCCGGGGGCUGUCCCUGUCCCUGUGCAACCCCGAGCCCUCCGAGUCUAUCGCCGGAAUGGAACAGCCCAUCCUUCAGCAGCACCUACCCACCAAUUCAAGAGACGAAUUGUUCCCAAAAUCCACAGAUUUACUUCAAGACAGGAGGUUUUUCCAACAAUUCUAUCAGCAACCACGACAGAUAAAGAGCUUCAAGUUCUUGAUUCCAGCUCGCGAACUGCUCAACGAGUUUUGUAGUCUAGGUGGGGCCGACAACUCCUCGAAGCAGAAGUCCUGUAAGGCAAACCAAUGGGAGGAAGGAGGGUCUUCUUCCGGCGCUUCCCGUAAUCAAUCCCUCUACUCUUCUGACGUUCUUGAGCUAAAAAAGAGGAAGGCUAAGCUUUUGUCAAUGCUAGAAGAGGUGGAUAGGAGGUACAAGAAAUAUUGCGAGCAAAUGAGGGCUGUUGUCUCGUCAUUUGAGGCUGUGGCCGGGGAAGGGGCAGCUACGGUUUACUCGAUGCUGGCAUCAAAGGCCAUGUCGAAGCACUUCCGCUGUCUCAAGGAUGGGAUAGUGGGUCAGAUCCAGGCAACAAAGAAAGCUAUGGGAGAGAAGGACCCGGUUGCACCAGGGACGACCAGAGGUGAGACCCCAAGGCUCAAGCUGCUCGACCAGUGCCUCCGACAGCAGAAAGCAUUUCAGCAGGUCGGAACGAUGGAGAGCUGUCCAUGGCGGCCCCAGCGGGGCCUCCCGGAGUGCUCCGUCUCGAUCCUUCGAGCAUGGCUCUUCGAGCAUUUUCUCCACCCGUACCCCAGCGACGUUGAUAAGCAUAUAUUAGCUCGGCAAACUGGACUCUCCAGAAGUCAGGUUUCUAACUGGUUCAUAAACGCACGGGUUAGGCUAUGGAAACCAAUGGUGGAAGAAAUGUACUUGGAAGAAAUAAAGGAGAAAGACAAACAGACCGCCCAAGAGGAGGAGGAGGAGGAGGAGGAGGAGGACAACCGGCCUGGCGAGAUACAUUCAAACCGAAACCCUAACCCUAAUUCUAGCUCCCUGCAGCUGCAUGUCGAGGACCAAAAGCCCGCACCAGGGGAGCUCCUCAACUAUUCAGACUCCCUCUCCUCCAUCGUCAACAGCAGCCACCACCGUGCUGACGGAAGGGAGCCCACAAACAGCAAGAGUUCCUACCACUACCCUCGGCAACACCACCCGGUCCCCAUCGGCGCGAUGGUCUUGGACUUCACAUCCUAUGGUGAGUGCAGCAACCAGAACUUUGGAGACGGUGUCUCGCUAACUCUGGGUUUGCAGCAGCACAAUGAAGGGGGCAUGAGCCUGUCGUUCUCGCCGGCCUCUCAGCACUCUCUGUUCUUCUCCAGAGCGCAGAUGGAGGACUGCCAACCGGGUCAGUUCUCUAUAUUAGAUGGGGAGACUCAGAACCUUCCCUAUAGAAACCUGAUGGGAGCUCAGCUGCUGCAUGACUUGGCUGGGUAGAGAAAAAAUGGUGAGGGGGAUGGUCUGUCUCAUCGGGGAGAGGUUGAUCAGGACAGGGACAUGCUAACGGAAGUGGGAUAUGGCAUACUGGGUUGGUAUAUUAUUUUGGGCAGGUAGGAUAAAAUAGGUAGAUGUGUCCUAUACCAUAAGUUUAGGUCCUCAGUAGAAGGUGGCAUAUGGACAAUGUUGUGGCAUCAAUUCGGCAGAUAUGCUGUCAUUAUUUGGUGCAGUAUACAUAUACGGUUCUGUUGAGUAGUCCUUAGAUACACACAGUUCUUCCAAUGCUGCAGUACAUGGAAUUAACUUCCUCAGCUUUUCGGGUAAA